AUGUCUCCGCAACAAAAAGCUCUCAUUCUUCCCAAAAGACGGGGUGCCUUUGAGGUUGGCUCUCGCAAGAUUCCUAGUCCCAGGGCUGGGCAACUCCUGGUCAAGAUCGAAUCUGCAGCUCUGAACCCGGCUGACUACAAGAUCAAGGACACAGGGAUGAUCGUGACCAAUUAUCCUGCUGUUCUGGGCACGGAUAUUGCUGGAAUUGUCGAAGAAGUAGGAGAAGGUGUUCAGAAUUUCCGCAAAGGCGAUAGGGUGUCAGACAAUUCUUUCAUACGAUUGGCGCAUGGCAAGUAUAAUAACGACUUUACUGCAUUUCAGCAGUAUACCUUGACUGUUGCGAGCUUUACAGCAAAGAUUCCUCCAAACGAGUCCUGCGAUAGCGCAGCUACCGUUCCUCUGGGGUUGGAUACUGCACUGGUAGGCUUGUAUGGAAAGCAAAAUGGAGCUGGGAUAACUCCUCCUUGGACGAAAAGUGCCGGCAGUCACGAAUCAAAGAGACCCAUUGUCAUCCUUGGCGGUUCUUCCUCUGUGGGCUCAUACGCUAUCCAACUCGCUAGUCUGUCGGGAUUUUAUCCUAUCAUCACUACAGCCUCUCCGAGAAAUGAAGAGCUUGUCAGGGACUACGGCGCAACCCAUUUUUUGGAUCGCAACCUUUCCGGCAAACAACUGCUGGCGGCCAUCAGAAAAGUUACUGACGGCCCUAUCAAAGUUGUUUAUGAUGUUAUCUCGUUGCCAGAAACGCAAUCUGUUGCAUGGGAUUUGCUUGCAAACAAUGGCACCCUCGUAUUAACCCAAUCUGCCUCAGUCAAGGAAGAUGAAGGCAAAGGACGCAAGGUCAUUGUAACAUUCGGAAAUCCACAUAAUCCCCAAAAUGAGCAGCUGUGCUGCAAUUCCUGGGCUAGGGUUGAAAAGUGGCUCUCAGAGGGUACCAUACAGCCGAACAAGUAUGAAGUCCUCCCGAACGGGCUUGAAGGUAUUGUUGGAGGACUGGAAAGGAUAAAAUCGGGAGAGGUUUCCGGAACGAAGUUGGUUGCUCACCCUCAGGAAACACAGUAAAUGCAGCCAGGUUGUUUUACCAAUGCCUCUGCAAUGCUUGCAUUAGGCGGCAUACAAUCAAAUUGUACAUUAGGCGUUGCAAUCACAAGCUUAUAUACAUGUACACGAGAAUAUUUACCUGUUACUUAUACAUAACGGUCCAGAAACCAUAUUCCCACG